CACACACACACACACAACAGAGACCCGAAGGAUGAGAAGAAAAAAACCCCUCUCUAACGAAAAAACAGAUGCCUCGCUAGACGAGGAUAAAAUGAGAGAGGGGAGUUAAAAGAGCCGUUAUCUGCUCAAACCCUACUGUGACAGUUCUACCAAUCGCGAGGAAGAAUCCGAGAAUAUUAUGUCAGCAUUCCGUUCAAACAACACCGCCGAUCAGAGCGCCAGGGCCAUCUCGCCAGAAGUAUUCGUACCUCACCCCGAAGCUAUCGAUAGCGCGGUGAGUAGCAGCAUAAAUCCGGCCGUUUUCCGAGGCGAUUUAGACGCCAUCCUCCCCGCAGAACCUCCGCCGCCGCCGCAGCGAAAAGAAGAACAAGAAGACGACGUUAUUUACGUCUCCGGAUACCAGGAGAACUGCGGAGAAAUAAGUUUUAAAACCGAAGCGGUCAUCGAGAAUAUACAGACCCCGCCGCCGCAGCGAAAAGAAGAAGACGACGACGUUAUUUUCGUCUCCGCAUACCAGGAGAACUACAGGAAAAUAGCUUUUAAAUCCGAAGCCGAGAUUGAGAAUAUACCUAUUCAAACCCCCGCUACAGACAAUCGGACGGAGGAGCGAGAGACCGAUACAGAAAAUCAGGCGGAGGAGGAACCGUCCAGAGCUCCUCCUCCUCUCAGGAGACUGAGAGGUCGACGGCUACUUCAUAAGAAGAGAAUCCUUGGAGACUUCGCUUUCAUGUACGCCAUAACAGUCUGUGCAUAUGCAUCAAUAUAUCGACACGAGGAUCUGUAAAGGGAUGCAAAGUAAAAGCAUACACAUGUAAAAGUCUGUGAAUUAAGAAAUAAAGAAAAUCAUGUCGGAAGAACGCAGCAUUCCUGACGCUUUGUUGGAAGCCGUGGCAGAAUUGAACAGAGACGUUGAUCAUAUAGCCCCACCGAUCGACCCCCUAC